AUCAGUUAACAAACGGACGCGUUUCGAAACGGAUGCACUGGUUGGUGGCACUGGCAAAGCGAAGCGAAACCUGAAGCGCCUGAACCUCUGGCUCCUCCAUAAAGAUCCCAGGUUUUGUCCCAAAACCCGAGGCCGUGCGAAUGUCUGUCGGUUUCGGCGGCAGAAGCUCGAAGAGCUGCUAUCUUCAUCGGUCGCGCUGGUCGCUUAAAAGUGAAAUUUACUGAAUGAAAUGAAAUGUCUUCUGGCCAGCCUCACUGUCUGGCCGAUUGGCUUUGUGUUUGAUUAUUGAUUUGUGACUAUUGUCGGCAAGGAAGCGACUGCAAAUUAGAUUGCCGUUCCAAAAGGAUUAAGAAAUAACCUACUACGAGUACAAAUUAUAAAAGACUUGACUCGCGGAACCGCUAAAAUAUUUGUUCCUGUGCCAGUGACAUUGUCGAUUGGCCAGUCGAUUGGCCGGGAAAAAGAUAAGACGAGAAGCAACAGAAAAAAAAACCCGAGAGACACCGAUCAACGAACCAAGCCAGCCGCAAGAUGAUUAGUGAACGCCACAAGAGCCGCGAUUUGGUUACGAUACUUGGCCUGUUCCACCUCCUGCUCCUCGGAUUCGCCUACGGCGACCAUGUGGUCGAGGUCUUGGCUCAAUCAACAACCGCAUCCACAUCACAGCCGCAGACUUUGGAGACGAUUGGCAGCCAGGAUGGGGCUGCUCUGACGCCCGGUGCGACAACAGCUCCACGACUGGACCCGAACAACAACAACGAGUGGCGUCCUCUUGGCCACGGGGAUCCACUGCAAAAGGAUCCCACCUACGACUACAGUCCGCCGGCCUUGGAUCGAGUACGCUACUGGGCGGAGAACAACAGCACUGGUCAAAGUAAUCCAGAGGCCAGGAAAAAGGAACUACCACCAGAGGUUCUUCGCAAUAAAACGAAAAGUGAGGUACUGCUCCUUGGAGUGGCAAGUGAUCGCGUUAGGGUACCCCACUCCCAUUCGUAUCCACCAGUUGGUGGCUUAGGCCAUUAUCAGCAGCACCACCAGCAGCAGCAACAGCAGCAGCACCAGCAACAAGCUAAAUAUGCGGCCAUCCGGAGGAGCUACUAUGCUCCCACCCAGCAACAACAUAACCCACAAAUGCCACAGCAUACACAUGCCCAGCAGCACAUGCCGCCUACCCAUUUGAUGCCACCACCCAUGAUGAUGAUGAAAUCAAGUGGUUCGUCCGUUCCUCCCAUGGAAUACAGGCACAGUAUGAUGGCCACGGGAGCGCCCACCUCUUACAUGAGCCUCAACCAUAUGAGCUCUCCAACUACCAAACAAGCGAUGACUUCCUCAGUGAUUUACCAUCAGCCACCAGCGAUGAGCCACCACACCUCAUUAUCUUCUUCAACGCCUUGGAUGACCAGUAGGCCACCAUAUCGUUUAUCGUACUCAGAUCCCCAUCUGCAGGAAUCCGUGCAUACAUACAGCUUUUCAAGGCCCCAUCACCAGCAAACGAUGAUCUACUCGCCCAACUCUCUCCCAGGACAUCAAAAUGGAUCAAAGACGGGUCUUAGGAAGCCGUGGCUCCAUGAGCUACUCCAAAAAGAGGUGGUGGUAACGUCGAAGCCCAAGGUUAAGCCCACAAUGCCAGCCACAAAAUAUUUGAUGGGAACAACCAAGCCACAUCAGCCACAACCAUCUGUUGGCUUUGGCAUGAGCUCCACCCGCCCUCCAUUUACCUAUGCACCCGUGACAUUUGUGCCUGGUCCACCUACCAUAGCCGUUCCGACUGUGGCCACUAGAAAAGAACCACAACCGGAAAUCUAUAUCACACCCACGCCCCAAACAAGUAGCUCUGGUUUUAGACCCAUGACGAUGAGCAGCACUACCACCGUGGGAACCACUCAAUCGACCAUAACUACUCCUUUGUCCAUUUAUCAGCGAGCCAGCACAACCACCAGUAAUCGUUUACUGAUCCCCCAGACGAGCAAUCUAGCGCAGAGACCCACAGUGGCUCCUGCUCCCAGUGAACCCACCACAGACUCUCUUUUCUCGCACUACAAGCAACCACCGAAACCGCUACUAGGACCCAUGUACCUCAUCAUCGAGGGUCAUUCGAAAGUGAAGACCUACGGUCAAAAUGAAUUGGAUCCACAUAGUCCGAAGAUAGUGCCGGUUAUCUCCAAGAGGGAACCAGUAGUUAGGAUAGCCGAUCCUAAUGAGAAGAGGGGAACUGUGGAGUCCUAUCAGGUAAAACAUUUGCACACCAAAACAACACCAAUGACAACGACAACCACGACUAAUAAGCCCACUACCAUGAAACCUACGACGACAAGGGCGCCUGAAAAAACUCCUAUAUAUAGCACCACCACUAAGGCUCCAGUAGUAAGCACUAGCACUACAACCGUUGCCACCGCUACGAAAACCACAACUUCAACAACCACUAAAGUGCCCAUAAUCAGCACCACCCCUUUAAUUCCACCACAACCCACUCCAGAAAAGCCAAGCGGUGUAAACGAUCUGCUUAGUCUACUGGACAAUAUGUUUGCCGAUGCCCAAAAGAUGGGCUCAUCCACUGAUUUACCUUUGGUAGCAAGUUCUACUACCAGCACUGUGCUGAGGCCAGUUAGCACCAAGUUGUUGCCGCAGCAACCGGAACCUAGGAUAUCCAGUAAAGGGGCGGGCAUAGAGAGUCUCCUUAAAGAUGACACCCAUGAAGAUGACGAAGCUGGCGAAGGUCUGGGGUCAACGAUUUCCACUGAAACACCACCUCGGGCAACACGUCAGGUAUUUGACUAUGAUCAAUUGCCUGAGUCACGGAUUAAAGACGGGGUCACCACCAGUGAUGAUAUUAUGGAAUACAAUGAUGAAGAUGAGGAGGAGGGCAUUGAGGAUGAUAAUGAAACGGUUACUGAAAAUGAUGAGGAUGAGGAGGAGGAGGAGGAGGCUGAAGAGCCAAACAAUUUACUCAAACGAAUCGAUCAAUUUGUGGAUGAUGUGGAUGAUGGGGAAGACGACUUGGAGGAUCUUAUCGAGGGUCUGGAGGAGGACGAGAUCGACGAGAGGCGACAGCAGCAUUAGCCCAAAACAAGCAUUUUUCUUGAACUGCGCUCUAUACCAAAUCUAUCAGAAACUUUUUCUCACGCCUAAUACGUUCUUGUACAUAAGUCAGCUUUAAUUGAAUCUGUAUUUAUUUGUUGUUAGUUGUUAGGCCCUGCUGGCGUCACAAUGUGACUGCGUUCUAUACCCAAUGUAAUUCGAGCAAAGAGUUUUCGUUGUGUAAUUAAGCAUUAAAUUAUUGAAAUUUUUCUACGUUUUUUAGUUGUUAAGUGUGAAAAUAAAAAAAAAACCAAAACG